UACAAUAUGUGGCGGAAAAUAUGCUAUUAUACAUCUAUUGUCUUAUAAAGAUGGAAAACAUUGCAGGAGUUGAAUUUGCUCCAUGGCAAAUCUCGCGCAGAAUCAUCAAUUGCGGGAUGAAAAUAUUUGAAUAUCUGUGGGAACGCUAUGAACCCUGGGAUUUGUAUGACUUCUUCCAUAGAGAUCGAAUUUAUAUUGAUGAUAAUAUGAAAGUGAAGUUUGCAGAGUAUGGACGUGCCAAUUUUCUCUCAAAUUCUGCUCCUCGUGUCUCUACUGGUUAUAUGCCUCCUGAAUAUUUCCAUACGAGGAGAUUCACGGAGAAGACCUAUGCUUAUUCUUUUGGUGUAUUCGUUUUGGAGGAAGUUACAGGGAAACAACAUGAUGAUAUCAGUUUCAAUGGCAACCCUAACAUAGUUCAAUGGGCUGUACCUCGGCUCCGAAAAGGUUUGUCCAAUGGCAACUAUGAUUUUAUUGAUAAAAGAUUGCAGGGCUAUCACAACAAUGAAAUGAAGCAAGUGAUAGCUUGUGCUUUAGCUUGUUUAAAUGAUAAUCCAGAAGAUCGACCACAAAUGAAUGAGAUAGUUGAAGCUUUAGAAGGAAAUAUUCAAGUUUUAGAAAGAUAUAUUCCCCUAGAAGAUCUAUGGAAAAGGGAGCAAGAGCUAAGCCGUCGACAGUAAAUCAUCAUACCCUACGGCAAGCCGACAACUGUUAAGGUCAUUUCAGCCUCGCCCAAGCGUGCGAUUUGGCAGGAUGAGCCUUGCCUCAAGCAAGUUGAGCCAAGCCUAAGGACAAGGUCUGCCUAUCCUACGAAAAUUUCCACUUACUGAUUCUUAGGUCACUUCCAGACAACAAGAAAAGCCAGCACUAUGACAAUUGGAUUCAGAUCAACAUCACAAUUUUAGAGGGCGUGGUCCUGAUUUGGUUGAUGAGAAUGCUAGGUACUGUAUUCCUGGAAAUAUUAUCUAUUAUGAAAAUUUUUGUUCAGGCCAAUCAAAAUAAAAGAAGAACUAAGAAAAAGGAAGAACGAAAAGUCAACAGAGGAAAAGUAAUAAAAAAAAAAAGAGAUAAAAAAAGAACCAAAACAGAGCAGAAUCGGUAUAGGGCAAGAAAACAGAGUCCCCUUUUCUGCUUGAGCGCCAAAACAGGGAAUUGAGAGGGAGAAUGACCCAAACCUGAAAUCAAUCCAUUUCUUUGAUUAAAUCAAGUCUUCAGUACCUAUUCUUGUCUUCCUAAACAGAAAUCCUUCAUUGAGAACGCCUAAUCACCGUUUCUCUCAAUUUAGACCCACUUGAUUGAAGGAAGGAAAAGGAGGACAGCGACUACCCUCUCCAAUUUUGAGGUUUUGAUCCUUAUUUUCAGUCAUACUCUUCAUGGUAAUUUCUCUACAUCUACCUUUUUCCAUUAAACAAUAUUAUUUCUUACUUUCUCACCCAGAAGAUGGUUGAGUGAGGGAUAGAAACCCAUUUGGCUGUCCAUCAAUAGCUCAUUUAACAUUCAUGAGAGCAUGUAGCUUUUCUUUAACCUUAUACAGCAACCUAGAAGUUGUUCCCAAGUCGUCAUUUGAGUUAGUGAUUGAAGAAGGAGGAAAUUGAAGUUUGGAGGGACGGUUUAUAUUGAUAAGUUUGCUUCGAAUGAUGCUUACCAAUGGGUGUGGUGAUUACUAAAGGAUUUAUAUAAGCCCUAAAUUGGCCAUGGCUGCCCCUUUUUGAUAUUUUUAAUAUUGAUGAGUUUAAGAGCAUGUAAGGAAAGUAGAAGUUGUAAAUAGUAAUUACUAUUAUUUUAUGCAUGUUUAAAUUAAGCUGCUAGGUUGAUUUGACAGUAAACCAUGUUAGAAUUAUAAAUAGAUAUUUUUAAUUUAUAUGAUGUGAAAUUGUUGUUGAUCAUGUGAAUAUUACACUGCAUCUUUUGCUACAGGAUAGGUACAAUGGAUAAUUUUGAGUAACGAAUAAAAUAAUCUCAUGGAUGUUAAAGACGUUAAAGACGUAUAUUUAUUUAAGAAUUAUUUCAAUUACCAUAUGAUAUAUUAUGAUUUAUUGAGUGCUUGUUAGAAUUAUUAGAUUUUUAGAGAACAUUUAUAUCAUCAGUCCUUUAUUAGAAUUUUUAAAGUACAUUAUACAUUUUACUUUCCACUCUUCCAUCCUAAGAAUUAAAUUUCUUUCUUGAUAUAUUAUUAUUCUCUUUAAUUUUAAGAAAUGACCUAGCUCCAGUCGUAGACCAUAGGGGUUAUCCAGCUGUUUAGAUUUUGUAUUAUCUAUAAUACAAGUGAGUAGAUAAAUAUAUAACAUUAGUAUUUUAUUAAAUGUAAAUUAUUUAUAUUAUUAUUUAUAAGUAUGAAAAUGGGAACAGAGAAUGGUAAUUUUAUAUUUUAUUAUUAAAUAAAAUGAGAUUUACAAUUACAGCUUGAUAAAUGGCCGAAUACACUCAAUAUAUGCAUCGAAUAGACAACACCCCAAUAACGGGUGAAUUAUUUUUAGCUCAGCUUAUAUUUAUACUGUCUUUGAGAUAGUGCUUGAUAUACACAUAGCUUUUGGGGCGUAUAUCAGGUGGUCGCUCUUUGGGAUUAGCUUUGCACUUGUGUAUGAUAAAUAUUUUUAUUGCGCUUGGGUCGGUAGUGUCAUCAUAGAGCUCAAUAUGCCAGUAUUGCUCUCAGGCUGCUAAAGUUUAUUAUUGUGUCUGAUAUGGUAGCAUUAUCUAGAAGAAGCAGAUUGCGAGUGUAUGAGGUACUGCAGAUUUUAUAAUUUUAAUAUAUUUGUUUCACCAAUAUUGUUACAGCAUGAAUUUUAUUUCAGCUCAGCUACAUGAAUUGGAUUAAAUGAUAUUUAUUCAGCUGACCUGUUCUAAUAUAGUAGAAUUGGUACUAUAAGUAUCAAAACCUUAUUUGUUCCCCCUAUGUUAUUUAUUUAUCUGCUCGCUAAGUAGUUGUACUCACCCUCUUAAUUUUUCAAUAUUUCAGAUUCUUUUUGUUGAUUCCACCACUAGCAGUCUCUCCUUUAGCGUUGUCCUCUCUUCCACUUUGUCAACUAUAGAAUCUAGUGGAGGUUGGGCCAAUAUGCUUCUUUUGAAUAUUUAUUUAGUUUUAGUUCAUUGCAUAUGUGUAAAGAUAGCUAGAAGCUCUGAUCUCCAAAUAUUUUUUUUGAUAUUCACAGAGAGGAUAAAUGAAUAUUUAUGUAUCUAAAUAUGUUUGAUGGGCGCAGAGCUAUAUUUUGUAUACAUAUCAGAUGCAUUUUCACA